AUGGUCUCGUUUAAGGAAUUUCCGGUUUACUUCCGGAGAAUUCCACCUGCCUUUCUUUUUCUCCCCAGAAAGGAGGGGAAGAAAACAGACUAGGCGGCUGGCCUCGGAGAACGGUGGGCCUCGGCCCUCAGCCGCUCCUUUCGCGCUCCUGAAUUCCCCACCCUCGUCGGAGUAGAAGAAUACAUAUUGACUUACAGCACAGAAGAGCAUGUUCCCAAAUUCUUCCAGUUUGAGUCGUCCACCCUUUCCACUAGAACGCCAACCAUAUAAUCUCUUCAUUAAUCUUCCAGUGAACAUACCUCCUGUUCUCUUUCACCAGCAAUUUAAUAUCCUUAGAACUCUGGUGAGUGGUACUCCUUCAGCCAUCCCACCUGUUUCGCCACCACACUUUGCCUGUAGAAAUGACAGUCCAGUGCAUGGAUCAGCUACACCUAUGUUAUUCCGAUGCAGAAAGAGGUUGAAAGAACAAGAUGUUCCGUAUGAAGUAAAGCGCCAGCGAUUUCAUUCACCUCAUCGUGAAUUAACUUCAGCUAACCAAGCAGUGCCUUUAAUAGAAGAUCACAGACAUUCAUUCUCUGGAUCAAUUUCUUCACCAUUAUUUCAAGCACAUUACAUCUCAGAUUUAGCAGGAUGUGUGCCACCAUUACGUGAACCUUCCUUUACUGAAGCUAUAGAAGCUACACUUCCUGUAGCCAAAGAUAAGUUAAGUCAGCAAGUACUGGAGUUAUUUCAAGUAUGUCAACAACAAAUCUGUGACUUGAACAAAAAAGAGUUUUGCCGUACUCAACUCCAAAGGGAAAUUCAGCAGAUCUUUCCAAAUAGUAGACUAUUUUUGGUUGGAUCUUCACUGAAUGGAUUUGGUACUCGUAGCAGUGAUGGUGAUUUGUGCCUAGUGGUUAAAGAAGAGCCAAUGAAUCAGAAGACUGAAGCAAGACACAUACUCAGCUUACUCCAAAAACACUUCUGUAGGAAGCUUUCAAGCUACAUUGAGAGACCUCAACUGAUCCGAGCAAAAGUGCCAAUAGUAAAGUUCAGGGAUAAAGUCAGCUGUGUGGAUUUUGACUUGAAUGUAAACAAUGUUGCAGGAAUAAGAAAUACAUUCCUUCUGAGAACCUAUGCAUACAUUGAGAACCGAGUGCGUCCAUUAGCGCUGGUUGUAAAGAAAUGGGCAAGCUUUCAUGGUAUAAAUGAUGCCAAACAAGGCACUUUAAACAGCUUUAGUCUUGUGUUGAUGGUUUUGCACUAUUUACAAACCCUACCUGAACCUAUCCUUCCAUGCCUCCAAAAAUAUUACCCAGAAUCUUUUGAUCCUACUAUGCAGCUGCAUCUUGUGCAUCGAGCACCAUGCACCAUUCCUCCUUACAUUUCAAAAAACAAAUCUACACUUGGAGAUCUAUUGCUGGGCUUCCUGAAAUACUACGCAACAGAAUUUGAUUGGAGCAAUCAGAUGAUUUCAAUCCGUGAAGGCAAAGCUCUUCCAAGACCUGAUGGUAUUGAAUGGAGAAACAAGUUCAUUUGCAUAGAAGAACCUUUUGAAAGAACAAAUACUGCUAGAGCAGUACAUGAAAAACAGAAGUUUGAAGUUAUCAUAGAUGAAUUUCGAAAGUCAUGGCAGAGGCUGAGAGACAGGAAGGAUUUGAACUGUAUACUACCUUUAAGAGCAACUAUACAGAAAAGAUGAUUGGCUUCUGUCUCAUUAAGUGGACUAUUCUGAAAUACAGCAUAUAAAUACAUGAAACGCCCGGGAUGCGAUUUUUCUCCCUUCCCUGCUGCACCUUUUUUAAGAAGAGAUAUUUCUUUCAGGUUUUUGGUAGGAAAAAAAAUUGUAAAGAAUUUAAAGAAGAUUGCAACCUUUAUGACAUUAAACCAAUUUGAACACUGGCUUCUGGAGUACAUUAAAUCAGUGACCAAUAAAGAGACUACUGCUGUAAUACAAAUUUUGCAAAAUCUGUUGCAUUUUGAUUUACUGUUACUAUGUAUUGUAGUAUUUUAUUCAUCCACACCAAAUACUGAAACAGAAAGAUGAAUGUAUGACAGCCAGUGGUGAUAAUAAAAAAAUAACAUAAUGGCAUACAUUUCCAUUAGAGUAAGAAGUAAAAGCCUUUAGGCUCUGCUUUACAACUGCUAAUUGCAAUAUGCACUUUAGCUCAUUCCAGUUUUAACAGAUAAAAAAAAAAAGAAACACCAGCUUUUAAGCAAAAUUAACAACUUGGUCCUGAUUAUUCCUACUGAUCCAGGCUGAUUCUCAUUCAAAUCUUAUCUUGUAUCUGGCCUAUGCUACUUUAAAUUGCAUAUGAGAAUCCAUGUAAUUAGUUGUUGCUCUGUACAACAACAGCAACAACAAAGAAAAGUAGAUGUUGAGGAAAAAGGCUAAGCUGGAAUAUUUUGUGUUGGAUUUGAUAUUUCCCAAAAACGCAGAAUUUUAUCACUCAGUAACAAGAGGCCCCAGCCUCUGUCUGAAGUAGUAUAUCCCAAAUAUGCAAUUACUGCCUUUUUUUAAGAAUUUCUGUCUAUGGAACCUUAACUGGAAUUUUAUAACUAAAAGCAGUUGAGUAAUAUAUUAGGCUGUAGUGUCAGGUGACCAUAUUCUAGUGGUCGUGUAUAGUAGUCCUCUGGAACUUUGUUCUGCCUUCCUGAGGCAGUAAAAAUAAAACAAACACAACAAAACUUAAUGCCUAGGAACUGCAGAUGUGAUUUUUUUUCCUUUCCUUUUCUUUUUAGAAAAUUAAGUAGCAAGAGUUUGAUAUUCCUUUCAGAUCAGUGGUAGCUUUAAACAUUAUCAUGAAGCAGAUGGAAAGCAAGCACAAUCAAGAGUGAUGGUCCUCUUAACUGCACUUCCAGUAUAAUAUGAAAAAUGAAAACCUGAAAAGGUUGUACUGCUGCCUGUACAUCCCAUCUACUAUAAAAUCCUUGCAUCACAAUAAGUGUAAGAAGUGUAACUCCUUGUACUUCCUCACAUCCUUUGCUGUAAGAUGUGGAUCUCCCCUGAGUCAGGCUCUCAAAAUUUUCUUUCUGUGUCAAUAAUGUAGUAAUGAUGAUUGCUAAUCGUAACUGCUACAAUAAAGCAAGGUCUUUUUAAGAUUUC